ACCGAACGCAAAGCCAAAGCUGUCACAAAAGCAAGGAACUCCCGCCUCCUACCACAAUGAACAUGCUCCUCGGUUGGUCGAAAUUCAGUGGCUCACGGAUCCACUCGUGAUCAACGGUGUGGAUCACAGGCCACAUGGGCGUGGAUUGGUUGAAUUUAAAGGGUUGUACCAUAUUAUAAAGAAAUCAGAAGUGUUGUUUAAAAAAUCUAGCCUAAUUUAUCACCGACAAUUCCAACAAUGCUAGGUAUACAUGAAACUAGGAGAUCAACACCCCAAAUCAAAGUUGAAAGACAUUCAACUUUAGAAAUAUUAAUCCAACUGAUAUACUGCCUCCUCAAUUAAAUAAAUAUCGACAAAGUAGCUGGCCUAGAUAGAAUGGAACCCACAUUUAUAAAGUGGUCUGCUAAUGUUAUAAUGUAUUCUCUAGCAGAUCGAUUCAACAUGUCUUUAACGACUGGUGAAAUACCUUUUGUUUGGAAAUGUGCCUAACUGACUGAAAUUCCUUAGAUCGAAAUAACUACAGACCAAUAACAGCAAUCUGUUCAAAAGUAAAACAUAUUUGAGAAAUUAAUACAUUCCCAAAUGUAUCAACACCUAGAUACAUUUUGUUGAAUUUCACCCUUUCAAUCAUGCUUUAGACCCAACCAUUCUGCCACUCAAGCAUUAGUGAAACGUACUGAUGAUAAACAUUCUUAAUUGGACCAAGGCGAACUACUUGUGUCAUCUUGAUUUCUACAAUUGUAAAGUGACGUUGGAUCCUUGAAAUGCGCUAAGUCCCAAUCUAUUAUUAUUAUUAUUUAUUAAUCAAAAGCAUUUGAUUUAGUUGAUGAUUCUAUCUUACUAUGAAAACUUCAAUGCUUUGGUUUCACGAACAGAUCACUAAACUGGUUCCAUUCAUAUCUUAGCAAUAGAAAACAAUGUGUUGGCAUCCCGAGUGGCUCAGCGGUCUAACAUGUUGACCACACUGCUCAUUGCAAAAUAAAUGUACACAUACAUUCAAUCAUUGCAACCACACUGCUCGCACGGCCAACAAGCUUCUGCAAGGGUCUGAACUUUGUUCUAUUUGUGAAGCUAGACGCGCUGCAAGUCCCACCUCUCCCAUCUCCUUAUUGGUUUUCAGGAGGUCCACAAUCCAGUCCAAUUGGUAGUGGUAAUGCACCUUAAAAUUGGUUGCCAACCAACAUAAAAAGUCAAAAUCAGAAGAAGAAUCCUGAAGGAGAAUAGAUUACUAGAAACAAACUCAGUUUACCCUUUUAUCUGUGGAUUAAUUAUCGGAGUAGAGGACCUUGUUGCAUUUUAGGUAAAAUAACAACCCAAUGUUUAUAUCCCAGGACAAAUCAGCUAGCAACAGCAACAAUUAAUCCACAGACAAACGGCUAAACCGAGUUCGUUUCUAGUAAUCUCUCCUCCUUCAGGCUUGAAUUAAUGACGUAAUUUGCCGCUAGUAAACAAUGGACCUGAUCGGACAGCUCAGAGCCUCUGCUCUUUUCUGUCCAUAAGCAACAAUUGGAUUAGUGGAAGAGGCAGGGCAGGCCAGGAACAAGGAAGAAGGGUGUGGUCAGCAGGGCAUCCCCCGAGGCUGAAUGCCCUAGGGUUUUUAUCAGAACGGUCAGCUUUAGCAUUAUGGACAUGGGUGUAUCUGUGGUCCAUUUGGCCUGUCCCACGGCUUCCUUCAAUGAUGGGUUGUGAGUGGCUCUGUUGAUGAACUUCUGGCCAAUGACUGACUGUCUGUUGUUGAUUGAUGUCAGUCCAGAUAUGCUGUUAACGUAGUGGUUGCUGAUGUAUCUUGGUAGUCUGUAAGCCAUUUUUGCUGCCAUGUUUUGGACUGUCUGUAGCCGAUUCAUCUGCUGCGGUGAAGCUGUUAUCCAGGCUGGCAGGGCGUAUUCAAAGAGGGGGCGGAUGUAGCUGGUGUAGACUUUCAGCACUGUCUGAGGUGAGGCUCCAUAUUUUCUUCCGCACAGCGUUUUUAGGUGGUUUAGUCUUUUUCGUCCCUCUCUCUCUAUGUUCGCUAUAUGGGUUGUCCAGCUCAUGUUCUUCUGGAAGGUGACUCCAAGGAAUUUUGCUUCUUUUCCUACUUUUAUUGUUUCACCGUAGAGUUUGAGAUCUAUGGGUUUCCUGGUCUUUUUCCCUGUGCUUUUUGUGAAGAGGACACAUUGGGUCUUUUGUGGGUUCAAUUUUACUCGCCACAUGUUGGACCACGACUCGAUCAUUUCAAUAGACUUCUGUAGUUUUUUUGCAGCAAGUUGAGGACAUUUGGAGCUGGACCAGUAGCAGAGGUCAUCGGCAAACUGUGAGACUUGUUCUACGGUGGGUGGAGGGUAGUAGAUAUCUGAUAUGUAGAGUAGAAAAAGUAGCGGGCUUAGAACUGCCCCCUGUGGGACACCUGCCUCCGGGGUGAAGGGUGAUGAUAUUGCUGUGGAGACCUUCACUUUAAUUGUACGGUUGUGGAGAAAGCUGGUGAUGAUGUUUCUGAUGGAGAGCGGUAGUUUGAGAUUGGAAUCUGCGAGCCGGUAACAUAGUCCGUUGUGCCACAUCUUGUCAAAUGCUUUCUCUAUGUCAAAGAAAACCGCCAGGGUAAGUGAUUUUUUCUUGAAGUUCCGAAGGAUGUCCUCUGACAGUCUUAGAAUGUUAUCGGUGGUUGAUCUUGCUUUCCUGAAGCCAGCUUGGUGGAUUCCAAGGAGGCCCAUUUCCUCGGUGUGGCCGCUCAGUCUUUGGGUGAGUACUCGCUCAAACAGCUUCCCGACAUGGCUGAGGAGGCUGAUUGGUCUGUAACUUGUGACGUUGUAUGGGUCUUUGCCAGGUUUGUGGAUCAUUGUGACAACUGCAGAUUUCCAGGGUAGGGGAAAGUAGCCUUCCGUGAGACAUGCUGUGAAGAGGUUGGAAAGAAGGUGCAGGUAUUCGUCAGGUGCUUGUUUGAUGAGUGUGCUGUCAAUGUUGUCUUCCCCUGGUGCUUUGUUUUUUGUUUUUUUCAGGUGGGUCUUGAUUUCUUCAAUGCUCGCAGAGCGGGUGAGGGGAUGGUCUACUGGUGUCGGAUUUGAGGUGUACACUGUUUUCUGCAUUUCUCUGUCGACAAUGGUUUUCCAGUCUUUGUCAAAGAGAGGAUCGUCGGGACAAGAAUGAACAUUUUGUAGGUGGUUUCUGAAUAGUGUUGCUUUUGUUUUGUUGUCUUCGAUGAGUUGGUUUUGGGACUUUAGCACAGGUAUGAUGUUAUUGGAUUUGUCUCCGUUGAUUGUUUUGAUUUUUUGCCAGAAGGUCUGGGGGUUGGUGUCUGUAUCUAGCUGGUGAUAGAAGGCAGUCCACUGUUUCUGUAGGUUGGGUGCUCUUGUUCUGAUAAAGUCUCUCCGGAUCUUUCUUUUCUGCUUGAUGAGACUGAGGAUGUGUGGUGGGAGUUGUUGUGGUGGUCUGGUGGUGGUAAGUGGGAUGGUCUCUUCCCGGGCCUGGAUGAGGAUACUCCCUAUUCUCUCCGCCAGCUGGUCCAGAUCUUUGGGGUUCUGCGUUGGUACUGCAAUAUUUGUUAUGUUGUCUGUAAUGCAAUUUCUGUAUUUAUCCCAGUCUGCUUUCUUGUAGUUGUAUCUUUGCUUUUCAGGUGCUUGUUGGAGUUGGAGAGAGAAGGAGGCAAGGACAGGAAGGUGGUCACUUCCCACGUCGUGGCUGACCGAGAAGCUAAGAAGUUUAGCAGCCAAGUCCGGGGAGCAGAGGACAAGAUCAAGGAUGUCUGCCGUGGAGUUUGCAGAAUGGAUGUGUGUGGGCUCGUUGGUGUUGAGGAUGGCCAGGCAAACUUCUGGCCGAUCGUGUCCAUGGCAAAAUGAAGGGCAAGAAGGUGCAUGAUGUUCUCAACAGAUUGCAUUUAGCAGUACCUGCUAAGAGGGAUGAAAAGGUGAGACCACCAUUCAUUCCAGAGGGAACUAGGAUUGGCAGGAAAACAGUGGAGGUGGAUGCACCCAAACGCAAAACAGAUCUGGAGAAGGAGGAGGAGCUGAAGGAGAAGGCAGGGGAGUACAAGACUGGUGAGGAUGAGGAGAUGCAGGAGAUCCGCCAGCUGGCCAAACAGAUCAGAGAGAAGAGGAAGCUAAAGAUUGUGUGCUCCAAAGAUAAGGAUGUGCAUUGCCCCAGACUACCCAGAACUGUCAAGAAGAUUGAAAGAAACUCUGGAGAAAGAAAUGGGAGACCUUGGUCUGGACAUGACUGGCAAAGAUGAUAUAGCAAAGAAGGCCAAGAAGUUGAUGAAGAGCCAACAGAAGGACAUGAACUGCCAGGGGAAGAAGGGAGAGGCAGACAGACAUGUAUUUGACCUCAAGCCAAAACCUAUUUUUCUCUGGCAAGAGAAUGUCCGGAACAAACGAUCACAGAUAAAGGCAUUGAUCGAUGAGGUUGAUGCAGUUUUCAGUGUAAUCCAGCUUCUGUCAGAAUUGUAUACUUUUCACUGGAGUAAAUCUGAAAAUAAAUGUUUGCCUUUUUCUGAAUUUUCUUUCAUCAUAUUGAGGUAAUGAGUGACACAAGUGACAUUCCUGGUUUUGGAAAGCUGCAUAGUGGAGCACAAACCAAAUUCACCACAAGGUAUCAGCCAGCAAUUUUAGUGGUAGUUUGACUUCUGUGUUACUUACAUGAACACCCACUGUCAAAGCUUCCAAUUGCUGUGGCUACCAAUUGUGAUAAAUAAUCUCAAAGCGCAUUCAAGUGAAGUGUACUUGAAUUGUAAACUGUAAAUGGAACGUAUUGCCUUAACUCCUAGAAUGUAUCAAUUGUAUUGCUUUGGUGUAGCUAGAAACAAAGAAGAUGAAGCUGCACACACCGUAACAGUUAAGUCCUCUCAACAAAUGUGAGUUUCUUCUACUGUGUACACUGCAGUGGGGGAAGUGAGUACAUGUAUAAACCAAAAUGUGUCUCACUGGUGCUUUAUUAAAAAUAAAUGUGAAUAA